AGAACAUACUUGACAUUUUGGAUCAGCAGCAGAACCAAAACAUUGACACAUAACCUCAAAUUUAAAUUCAACUCAUUAGUUUUGGAUUUUACAAUUGAUUUGAAAAAAAAAAAAAAGACGAAAGAAUUGAUUAAUGAUGUUUUUCUUGAGAAUUUCGAGGUAUACUCAGACAUAUCGAAGGUAUUCGUCGAAGAUUCAUGUGAAUAAUGACUACAGAGAAUUGUCAGCAGCAAGCAUACGGAAUACUUUUUUAGAUUAUUUCGUGAAAGACCAUAGACAUCGAUUCAUUCGUUCGAGUCCGGUCACUCCGUUUUGUGAUCCAACCGUUCCCUUUGUCAAUGCUGGCAUGAAUCAGUUUAAAAAUGUGUUCCUUGGCAAAUCGGCGGCGCCGUGUCAACGAGCAGCAAAUUCACAGAAGUGCAUUCGAAUCAGUGGUAAACAUAACGAUUUGGAUAUUAUUGGCACCGAUGGAUAUCAUCACACAUUUUUUGAAAUGCUUGGAAAUUGGUCAUUCGGUGACUAUUACAAGGAAAAAGCAUGCAGAUUGGCAUGGGAUCUAUUAACCAAAUCAUAUUUGAUUGAUCCAAGACGACUAUAUGUCACUUACUUUGGAGGUGAUGAGCGUUUGGGAUUGCAGUCCGAUGAAGAAUGUCGAGACGUAUGGCGAAGCAUCGGCGUUCCCGAUGAUCAUAUUUUGCCGUUUGGUUCAGAGACAAACUUCUGGGAAAUGGGUUUGUCUGGCCCAUGCGGUUUAUGCACAGAAAUUCACAUUGAUCACCUGCCAAACAGCACGGCAGAAAAACGGGCCAAACUUGUUAACGCAGGACUACCCGAUUUGACCGAGCUGUGGAAUAUUGUUUUUAUCGAAUAUAAUCGAAAUUUAGAUGGAACACUAGAGCCAUUACACAACAAAUACGUCGAUACAGGAAUGGGAUUUGAGCGAUUAGUCGCCGUUUUGCAAGGGAAAAUUAGCAACUAUGAUACCGAUCUGUUCACACCCAUUUUUAAUGUAAUUCACAAGGAGUCGAAGAUUGCACCGUACAGCGGGAUUUACGAUGAAGCUGACCCAAAAUAUGAUCUCGACUAUUCGUAUCGUGUGGUAGCUGAUCAUGCCCGAAUGUGUAGUGUGUGCAUUGCUGAUGGAAUGUAUCCACAAACCAAUCACCGCUUGCGAAAAAUUGUACGCCGAACGAUAAACAUAUGUGAGAAUGUGUUUAAACAUGAACAACUCAUCGAAAAUGCAAUCAUACCGGAAAUCGUGAAUACAUUGGGUCAGGUUUAUCCAGAACUAGAGAAAAAAUGUGAUAAUAUUCGAGAGACAUUUAGCUUUGAAAAUGAAUAUUAUAAAUCAAUUCGAACAAAGAAUCGAAAAGAAUUUCAAUCGUUGAAUAUAUCUGCUGGUAGUAACCUAUCCGAAGAGGAUACAAUCGAUUAUGCUGGCUUUGCGAUUGGAUUUCGUGAUGUUGACAAAUUAUUGAGCAGCAGUGAUUUGUCGAUAAAAAAACUUCCGAUCGAUUUUCUGUACGAUAGACUGCACGUGAAUCUUGGCCUAUCCGAGGAGCUCAUCGAAAAGAUUGCUGAAGAGAAAAAUGUGUCGGUCGAUAUGGAAGAUUUUGCACAACACAAACAGAGGAAAAGAUUUGAAGCAAAAAUGAGCCAUCAAAAGGUGAAUAACUCAUUCUUAGACGCAAUAUCUGUAAAUCACGCCCCAAAAACUGACUAUAGUUACAUGCACGACUAUUCAUUUGAUUCGAAUGUUAAAGAAUUCAACGUAGAAUCUAUCAAGUCCAAAAUUCAAGUUAUCCAGCCAAUUGAGGACCUUUAUCAUAUUGUUUUGGAUAAAACGAAUUUUUAUCACGCGGCCGGUGGUCAAGAUGGUGAUAUUGGCAAAAUCAUCGAUACCAAUGGCACUGUUUUCCAAGUAAAUGGCGUCGAAAUCCACAAAGGCUAUGUCAUUCACAGCGGCCAUUUCACAAAUAGCUCAUCGGCCAUUUUUCAAGCAAAUCAAGAAGUAGAGCUUCAUGUUGAUUCAACGAAUCGAACCGGAUUGUCACAGCAUCACACAGCGAUGCAUCUCUUUCAAGCGGCCAUGAAAUACGUAACCGGCCAGAUAAUUUUUCAACAAUCGAGUCACGUGUCGAGCAAAGAACUCAAAUGUGAUUUAGGUUCAAUUGGCAAACGUAUUGACAUCGAACAGUUAGCGCAAGUAGAACGAUUAGUUCGCAAUAUGAUUCAAGCCAAGAUUCCGAUAGAAACGCAAUUUUUAAUGGCACAUGACCUCUAUGCUUUGGAUAACGUCACAACUAUUCCCGGUGAAAUUUAUCCGGAUGAAAAUAUCCGUGUACUUAAAAUGAGUAAUCAUGAUAAUAAUUUCGAAUCGAUUGAACCAUGUUGCGGUACCCACGCCCGGAACACCGGCGAAUUGGGUGAUUUUUGUGUGACAUCAUUCAAAUUCAACGGAAACACUCGUUCUUAUGACGUAAGUGCCGUUGCCGGUCAAUUCGUUGCAAUUGCGAUGAAGAAUGAGCAGAAUUUCCUCCAAAAAUUCGAACCGUUCAAGGCUCAAGUGAGUAAAGAAAAUUCAUCUGACCAAUGGAAAUUGAUUGAAACCGAAGCGGUUGAAUUAUCAAAAGAGUUGAUUGAACAUCAAAUGCCAUACACAACAAAAGCAAAAGCACUUGCAGAAAUGGAGGAAAUUAAAAAGAGUAUUCAUCUGGCGCAGCGAGCUCUUUUGCGAAAAAGCAUUCUAUCCGAAAUGGUGGACGUUUUAGCGAAACGUGAUAUAAAUAAUGAAUCAUUUAUUAUUCACGUACUGAAUACACAAGAAGGUCUAGAAGACGCACUAAUUGCGGAUGCAGAGCGGGUGUGUCAAGAUUUACCGGUGAUUAUACUGAAUGUAUCAAAUAAUAAAAUAAUCCAUGGGCGUGCUUGUAUUCCAAUAAAAUAUACAACAAAUAAAUUUAAUGCCAAACAUUGGAUCGAAGUGAUGGCAGACUCAUUAAAAAUUAAGUGUAAAUCUAGUAAGAAGAAGAAACAAUUUGCAAUUUGUAGUUUCCACGAAAUACCGGAAAAAGAAUUUUCGCAGAACGAACUCAACACGGCAUUGGUCAAAGCCAAAGCCAGAGCACAAAAGGCAUUCGACGCAGUGGUGUCGGCUGAUCGAAGUGAGAGAGAUUUACAUGAAGCCAGACUCAUUGCGCGAAUCGAUGGCGUAAGAAAAUCACUUGAAAAUGAGACAAAUGUGAGCUGUUUGGUGGAACUGGAGAAACAGUCAAAGGAAAUUCGAGAUCACAUGAAAAACAAUUUAUUUUUGUAUACAACCAGAGCGAAAUGCAUGACGGAAUUGACUGAUAUCGAUGAAAAAAUCUACGAAGCACGAGCAAACAUUGAAAAAAAUGUGGUGUCACAAGCGUUGAGUGAUUCAUCGUUACAAAAUCAACUAUACAUUGUUCAUGCAAUAAAAACGGAGCAUACUCUGGGAAAUAAAAUAAUGAUGCAUGCAACCGAUUUGCGAAAAGAGAUUCCAAUUGUUAUAAUAAAUGUAUCAAAAGAUGAUGUCAUUGGUCGAGUUAGUAUCCCGUUAAAAUAUACAAAUGACGAUUUUCGUGCAAAGCACUUGAGCGAUGCCUUCAACGACGAAUUUGAUGGGAAUUGCAUACACGAUGGCAGCAGAUAUGAUACCUCUGUCUGUGAUUUUCGUCUUAACACCAAAUUGGUUAAUGAUGAACAAUUAAAUAGUAUAUUCAAACGUGUCGGACAAAUGAUAAAAAAGUUUUUAGAUAGAUAAUUUCCAUUGUUGUUUCUUUUUUAAAAUAAUUUAUUCAAUCAAUAAAAAAAAAUUGUUGUAAACACAUAGAAAACGUACAAAUAUCAUGUAUCUAACUUAUAUGAAAUGAUUUUAACCGUGUGGCAUGUAUCGAUUUUAAUGGCUGUCCAUAAAUUGUAUGUCGGAUAGCAGGAAAAUACAGUUCGGCAAUGGUCGGGGUUGGGGAGACAGCACCGUAAUUGUCUGCCGUUCCACAUCAACAUUUGUUCUGUACCGAAAACAAAUAUAGAAAUAAAACAAUUAUUACCCAGGAAA